UCUUUCUGUGCAAGUCAUACAGUAGUGUCAUAAAACAAAACCCUAGUUCUCCUUCUUUCUACCUCAAAAUCAAUGGCAGAAGACAAAGAAGCUCUAGUUCUAGUUGCAAGGAAACCUAGUUUUGGGCUUCCGACUGGUUGUCCAUCAUGUUUACCUGCUUACUUUUAUCUUCGAUUUGCACAAGUUAAUUUCCAGCUUCAAUCCAAUCUUACUUAUCCCGAUUCAGAUCAAAUACCUUAUGUUGAAUGUGGGGAUUAUGUGGCCUUCAACAAUGAGAAAGGUGGAGUUAUUGAAAGUUUAAAGGAGGAUGGUGUUGUUGAUUUAGAUUCAGGACUUCCCAGCCACAGUGUGCCAGAAUGGUUGGCAAUGAAAGCAAUGAUUAGCACAUGGCUUGCAGAUGCUGUUAGUUUUGAGCUUUGGGCAGGAUCCGAUAGAAAUUCCGCGGAUACAAUAUAUUACUCUGAUCUUCCCUGGCCUAUCGGAAAGGUUCUCCACUUAAUACAAACCUCUAAGGCAAAGCAGCUACUUGAAAUUACAAAGGCUAAUGCUGAAAGAAGAGAAACUGAGAUCUAUAGGAAAGCCACCCUUGCAUAUCAAGCACUAUCAACACUACUAGGCGAGCAAACUUUUUUCUUUGAGAACAGGCCAACAAGCCUGGAUGCUGUUUUCCUUGGGCAUGCACUUUUCACUCUUCAAGCUUUACCAGAGACAUCUUUUUUGAGAAGCAAGCUCUUGGAGCAUAGGAAUCUUGUAAGAUACUGCGAGGAUCUAAAGGGGAAGUAUUUGAAAGCAGGCCCAUCAUCUUCUUCAACUAUCCCUAAGUCCCCUUUUGAAACAUCAUCAUCUUCGACGCCAAAAAGAGGAACCCGAUCAAAUUGGAGUGCAAAGCCAAAAAGCAAACCCAAGAAAGAAAAGACAGAAGAAGAGAAAACAUUCAGAAGAAGAGCCAAAUACUUCCUCGCAACUCAAUUUGUUGCUGUUCUGGUCUUUCUGUCUCUCCUUGGUCCUGGUGGUUCUGAAUCUGAGAUGGAUGGUGAUGAUAUGGAGUAUGACGACUAAAAGCAAUUACAGUUUUCCACCAUACCAACCUUGUUGUGACAGAAACCAGUUUUUCCUUUUGAUUUACCUGUCACUGAGUAAAAGCUUUACUACCAGUUUUGAUAUUUUUCAGUGAGAUGAAACUCAUGUAUGGUCUUGAGUUGUGGAUGCAGGCAUUCACUGUCUAACCCUGCAUUUCUUCAUAGACAUGGUGAAAUUUUUGAUAUAACAUUUUAGUACAAAUUCCAGUUUGGUCUGUCAAUAAAUAAAAACACAAUUACAAAA